AUGCGGGCCAGUAAGCCGCGUAGCUUGCAGCUAUGUCAGUUGUACUGCCAGCUCGUGCUCCUGACUUGCUUUGGGGGCUGGAAGCCUGGAAAUCGGCAAGCAAGCGGACAAGCUGUGGACUGCACGAACAUGCUAAAAGGCCUGCAGAAGAACCUGUCUGCUUUGCAGCCAUGCGUCAGCACCUCCACUGGCGCACCUAUCAUCCUCGAUGGGUUCCGGCGGUUUGAGCCUCCGCGUGACGGCCCCCGGCCUGUCCUCGACUUCGCUUUCAAAUCUUACCCCGUGCUGCUUUUACAGCCUGGCGCCGGGGUUGAGGUGUCAACCGCAGCUCUCACGGGCGUGUGUUUAGUGAGACCGUCAGCAGUUAUGGCGCAGCUCCUGCUCGCGGUGUCUGUGCAACCCACCGCCUCCCUGACCUUAACGGAUGUCGUACUCGAAACAGACUGCCGGACGCUCUCGCAAUACCAGCAAUGGAUCGCGGACACGCGGUCCACAAAUUUCUCAGUGAUUAACACAAGUGGCGACGUGUUUGUACGGCAAUGGAAGCAAAUCGGAAUCAACGUGACCAACUGUACCAUAACCUGCCGGAGACCCCCUGCAACAUCAGUGGUUUCGGAUAGUCGUACAGGCCUCUCCGAAACCACCGUCACGGUAUUCACGGACGUGGACCUGUACAACGCGCUGGCAUUGGCAGGGUCGUACGGCAAUGGCUCCGUGACUUUUGUUGUUGUACAUGAUUUGGUCAUGUCUAGCCCGUUGUGGGCAGCUCAAGGAAUAACCGUUAACUGCCAACCGAAAACGCCUGCGCAGGAUCUGGUCAGCGGUGUAUAUCUAGAUGAGGAUGUGGUGCUGUCGCUAACGAACCUAACCUUUGUUAAUACGGGCAUGGUGUUUGGGUACGCGCCUGUGCCGUACACUGCGUUGGGCUUUGUGGCGCCAUUCCUCUGGUUCUUCGACUUCAAGCGGCCAGUCGUGCCUAGCAAGCCGUUGACUCAAUUGGUCGUUACCGGUUGCGACAUCAUAUCGUACUCGUACGACGUUAUUCACAUGUGGGCCUGGGCUGUAUUCGUCACCUCGACUGUGGAGCCUAUUUUGUCACAGGCAGCGCCUUUUAAGGUCGGGGUGUACAACGUAAAGUUGAGCGAGAGCAGAGGCGCUUCCCUGGAGUUUAAGGAGUUGGACGCGUACGGCAUGUUGUACCGCAAUACCAGCCUCGUACCCGAUGUGAACUCGACGGUUAACGUGACGCUGAUGGCUCGCGGCGCGGGCGUACCGCUGUACGAAUUAAAGAUCCCUGCAGCCACGACUGCCGUACCGGUGUGGACGCACAGCGAUCUCCAGAACGUACUGGCUCUGGCCCAGGUGGCUACUUGUUCGUCGUACACCACCACCACAACCUACGUCUACCUAUUCACCAACAUAUCGCUGGAUGGUACGAAAUGGCCGUACGCGGGGUACAACAUACCGUGCAACAUCACCAUCAGCGGUUCGUACAGCAGGGCGGGCAUCACAUGGCUAAAUUUCAAUUUGCUUCCUCACUUCAUCACCCUCGCUGAGGGAGCUACACUCACGUUCAGGAAUUUGACUUUGAUCAAUAUGCCCAGUCAGCAAAGGUCGUACUCCUUGGGCGACCCUGCGCAAAUGACCCUGCCCUUGUGGCCCGUGGUUCGGUCGAACGGCUCGUCGCUGCUCAUUCACGAGUGCACCGUCGUACUGCCGUACGAGGAGUACCGCAUGCUGGCGGACGUGGCGGGCGGGGUGUACCGCUGGCCGGCGAUUAACUCCUCCAUCGAAGCCAACUCCAUUGGCGCUCACAGCGCCUCGAUUGUCUUCCUAUCGGGCUUCAGCAUGACGCUCAGUGACUCACUCUUGGCCGACUCCUCGUUCAACAUCGCGUACGACGCUCUACUCGGGCCCAACAUAUACGGCACCGCCAGGAUGUCUCCGCUGCCGCCACCAGCGGGGCUGGUGCACGGCACCCCCCCCGCCGCCGCCUCAGAUCGUGGCGGAGUCAGCGGCGCAUUGGUGCUCGCCAUUGCUGUACCGCUUGUUGUCGGCCUUGCGGUGGCGGCGGCGGCGGCUGUCGUAUACCUGUACCGCCGUCGCCGUCGUGACGGCGUGGAUGCUGAGUCGUCAUCGCGACGGGGGGAGGAGAACAGUCCUGAGGUACCAUCCACAAGUCCGAAGAAUCCGGAUGGACAAAGCAAGGGCGCAGCGGCGGCGGCGGCGGCGGCUGCCGCCGCCGCUGCUCUGUACGGCGGCGCCAGCUCCAACAACACGCCUCGUUCGGAAGACGCGGGCAGCGGAAUGACGGACGGACAUGGCGGAGGCGGGGGCGGAGGCGGAGGCGGUCGUGCCAGCAACCUUCUGGUGAAGGCCGCGGAGGCCGAGUCGGACACCCUCCCGGCCCCCCCCCCGCUGCACGUGGAGCUGCAUCAGCUCAUCCUGGACUUUGCAAGGGAGAUUGAGGAUAAGCAUCUCACCAUCCACGACGCGUUGGGCAGCGGGGGCUUUGCGACUGUGUACCGCGGCACGUGGCGCGGCAUCGACGUCGCAGUCAAAGUGAUUGAAUUUCAGGAUCGUACAGCCGGGGAUCAGCGGCUCCAAGCGCGCGCCAUGACGGAGGCGGCUAUCGCCGCCAACAUCCAGCACGCCAAUGUCGUAACGACGUAUUCGUACGACAUAAGGCCUGCGGCUCCUCAUGACAGCAGUCAGGACACACCUAGUUCGACGCUGCUGGGCAUAGGGCCCUCCCCCGAGGGAGCCGUGGCGGCCCCCGGGUUGGGACACGUCCCGGCACGUCGUCGUAGCGGCUUGAGUGAUCAGAGUUCGGGGAGUACGGCACCUAGGAUGUGGAAGCUGUACCUCAUCCAGGAGUUUUGCGAGGUGGGAUCUCUCCGAGUGGCGCUGGAAAACCGCAUGUUCCAGUUGUCAGACGGACAGCCCAACAUGCCCAUGAUCUUACGGCUUAUGUUGGAUGUGGUCCGCGGAUUGCAACACCUUCAUAAAAAGAAUAUCGUACACGGGGAUUUGACGCCCGGCAACAUCCUGCUCAAGGCCAGCGCAUCACGGCCCGGCCUCUACGUCGCCAAGCUGGCGGAUUUCGGUCUCAGUGCCAAGAUGGACCCCUGCCAGACGAGUGUGGAUAACAACCGAACAGGGACCCCAUUUUAUGCGAGUCCGGAGGUACGACAGCACGGCAACCUCACCAAGGCCUCGGACUUGUACGCCCUGGGUGUCAUCCUCUGGGAGAUGUGGCACGGCCGGCCCUGCUACCAGCGUGUACGGGGCGUCAAGCACUACAUCCACGCCGCCGGCUACCCCUCCUUCCCGCAGCAUUGCCCCGCGGCUUAUGCAGACCUGGCGGGGCGGUGCUUACGUAAGCCUCUGGAGGAGCGGCCGCAGCUGGAGGAGGUCCACGAUGUGCUCCGAAACCUGCUGGGAUCCGCAGUCAGCGGUCUUAGCAGCGGCAGCGAAGGCGGCGCCUCGGGCUCGCCCUCCCUGGAGUGGCCGUUCGUGACGGGCGGGAUGUCGGGUUUGAACGGGUUGGGACCGGCGGCGGCGGCGGCGGCAGCAGCACCGGGAGCGGCAGCGGCGGCACCGGGAAUGGCGGCGGCGGCAGCGCUUCAUGGGGAUGCGAGUACUGCAGCGGGGGAUGGCGGCGGUGGGGGUACGAUGGGUACGGCAGGGUGCAGUACUAGCAGCUGGUUUCCGGCGGUGCCGGCGGCAGGGUUUCAAGCGGUAGCGCUGCCGCCGCCGCAGCAGCAGCAGGUUCAUGGUUAUGGCCAAGUAGUUGCUGGCAGUGGUGGGGGGGUUGGGGGCGGCGGUGGCACUGGCAUUCAGGGCGGGGGGUCGGCACAGCCUGGCCACGCUUUGGCGGGAGGAGGGGCGACGUGGCCUCGAGCGGGGGCCCAUGGGGCCUUUCCGGGUGGUGUUGGCGGCGGCUCCAUCGCAAAACCGCAAGACGGGACAGCACCGCCGGCCUUAGCAGGCAGGCAGCAGCAGCAGCAACGACAGCGGACCCCGCCGGCACAUGUACGGCUCUUGUACGGCCUUCAGGAGGCUGUUCCGUACUCGCCACCAUGGGCUGCUGGAGCUGGAGCCGAAGCGGCGGCAGCGGCGGCGGCGGCGAGUUCACCCCCGCCGCAUGGAGCUGUAGCAGCAGCACCUGCUGUCCUGCCGCAGGGCGGCGGCGGUGAUGGUGGCGGUACGGAUCGGGAGGUCUCCGUCGCUGCCGGCAAACAACUGUUUGGGUUUUCACCCCCCACUGACCUGAUGGGCGGUGGGUUGGGAGGUGUCAUUCAGCAGGGCGGUCACCUUGUUAGAGUUCAGGGAUCGUUGAGACCAGAGGACAUCGAUGUACAAUUGAGGCCUGGCGGCGGCGGCGGUGGUGACGACGGUGACGGCGGCGGCGGUGACGGGAUUCCGCCGUCGCAGGCUCCUCCUGGGCAGUCCAGUCUGAGUCUCAAAUUGGGCACUGCUGACGGCACCGGACCUUUCGUGACGGCACCGGGGGUCUGA